UCUUACUCGCUCUCAGUCUCUCCCUGGGUCAGUUGGGUGUUGGACAGUGCCUAGAGAAGAGACUAUCCACGCAUCGCUCUGUCUCUGCCUCCCUCUCUACCAGUCCUCCCGUUACCCCCACACUCCCUUCACACUCACGCCCACACCCGCGGACACACCCACACCCUCGCCCAACGCCAGUGUAGCGGAGAGAUCUACGUGUUUCUGAAAUGAGUUGUCCCUUUGGAAGAGUGAACGGGGAGGAAGGAGGCCAGGAGAGGAGCCUUGGAGACUUCAAAGGACUCAAUUACACCAGCUACCUCCAGCUCCACCACAUCCUUCACGCCCAGGAGACAAUUACUGAAGCUCACGAUGAACACCUGUUUAUCGUGGUGCACCAGGCCUACGAGCUAUGGUUCAAGCAGGUCAUUUACGAGAUUGACUCAGUGCGCGCCAUCUUCAGCGAGGAAGAGGUCAACGAACACAAGAUGCUGGAGAUCGUCAAGUGCAUGCAGCGCGUCGUCCUCAUCCUCAAGCUGUGCGUGGACCAGUUCCUUAUCCUGGAGACCAUGACGCCCCUGGACUUCAUGGAGUUCCGGGACUACCUCUCACCCGCGUCAGGAUUCCAGAGCUUCCAGUUCAGACUCCUGGAAAACAAGCUGGGGCUGAAGAACGAGCUACGGGUACGCUACAAGCAGGAGACGUACAAGAAGGUGUUUGGCGACGACCCUGAGAUCCUAAAGGCCAUCAAGGACUCAGAGGAGAGCCGUCCCCUUCAGCAGCUUCUGUCCCGCUGGCUGGAGCGAACCCCGGGCCUGGAGAGGGAAGGCUUCAAUUUCUGGAGGAAGUACAAGAUUGCAGUGGACACGACGCAGGAGGAGAAGAGGCGUGAGGCGGAGGCCGAGAAGGAAGAGCACAUGAAGAACCACAUCUACGCGCAGUACAAAUGUCGCCAAGAGCUUUUUGACAGCAUAUUUGACGAGAAGAUUCACAACGCACUGAUGGCGAGGGGUGAGCGGCGCCUGUCCCACCGAGCACUGCAGGGAGCGCUCAUGAUCUCCUUCUACAGGGAGGUGCCACGCUUCCAUCAGCCCUACCAGCUCCUCAACCUCCUCAUGGAUUUAGAUUCUCUCAUUACCAAGUGGAGAUACAACCACAUGAUGUUGGUGCAGCGCAUGAUCGGGACGCAGCUGAUUGGUACAGGCGGCUCCUCAGGCUACCAGUACUUGCGAUCCACCCUCAGUGACCGCUACAAAGUGUUCAUCGACCUGUUCAACCUAAGCACGUUUCUCCUGCCGAGGAAUUCCGUGCCGCCGCUGGAUCGUCAGAUGAAGACCCGCCUUAGCACGAUGGAGGAGCCGGAAAUGGAGGAACGUCGCGGGAAGGUCGUUCGGUCAAGCGCUUUCUCCGCCUCCGGGUUCGUGUCCUCGGAGUCGCCGUGCCCUUUGGAUAACAGCGAGGAGAAGAUGUUCUCUGACAGUGACCUUGAGAAGAGUUUGGAGGAAAGCAUUGAGAGAUCCUGCGAGGCGUCUAUGUAGGUCCUCAAGUCCCUGUUGAAGUCCUUGAUCCUGAAGUCCUACAUUCUGAAGGCCUUUGAUGCGAGGGAGGGAGGGAGGGAGGGAGGGAGGGAGGGAGGGAGGGAGGGAGCGAGAGAAGCGUUCUAUUUUGCUCGUAUGUCUUUUUUGAAAUCCUUAAGUGGUAGAGAAGGAUGGAGGGAUGGAAGAAGGGAAGGAAGGAGGAAAGGAAGGAGGUGAAGGGGAAGAGAAGUGUUCUAUUAGGCCCUGAAGUCUUGAAGGAGGGAGAGAAGGAAGAGAGAUAGAGAAGUUUUAUUUUAUGCUUUUAUGACUCGAGUACCUUCUCCUUUCUCACCCCUUUUUGAAUUCUCUAAGUGGUGGAGAAGCAUAGAAGGGAUGGGAGGGAGGGAGGGAGGGAGGAGAGGGAUAUAGAAAAGUGUUCGGUAAUGUUCGUAUGAUUCGGAUACCUUCACAUUUUUCAGUCCUUUUUGAAUUCCGUUAAUGGUAGAGAGGGAGAAACAUGUCCUGUGGUGUUAGAACGAUGAAAGAAGGAAAGAAGGAAGGUAGGAAGGAUGGAAGAAGGGAAGGAAGUCUAUCAUGGCCUUGUAACUAUCAGCUAACUUCACAUUUCUCACUUCUAAUGCUACAAUAUUUAGGGGCCAGUCUAUCGUGGGUUAAGUUUGAGUUCACUACUAGUAACGGCGAAAUCCUAUAUUGUAUACUGUGGCACCUCAGUGGACCUUUUUUUUUUAAUAUAUUUUGUUGCCCUUGGUCAAUGGCCUUCCUAUAUAAAAGGUGUCCUAUUGAGAGUGGAGGUAAAGAGAUGGGAUGUAGUCCUGCCUCCCUAUAGCCACAAGCUUUGAGAUGCUAAAGUCCAAACACAGACGCCCCGGAAGCCACGAGGGAGCAAAACAGAUUAGUUUCCCUUUUAUAUUUUAGGUUUUCUCUCAUACUCCAAAAUUUAAUACCGUUUUCUAUUCUUGAUUUCUCGUGCUUACAAUACUAUUCUUGGCUAUGCUCUUGUAUGGUCUAUUUUGUGUCUCUAUUGUUCUUCUCCCUCUCUUUCUCCUCCUCUUCCCCUUCGCCUUCUUUACUCUUUGCCUAUUCUUUAUUCUCCUAUUCCACUUUUUUUUUUCUUAUUCCUUGUUCUUAUCGUUCUCGUUUUCCUCCUCUCCCUGUCCUUCCUAAUGUAUUUAUUCCUGGUUCUUUCGUUUCAAUUUGUUACCGCUAUUACAACAACAACAACAACUAGUACUACUACUACUACUACUACUUUUGCCUCCUCCUCCCUCCUCCACCUAGGCAUUUCUAUUCACGAGUACAAAGUAAGACCAAACUCGGACUGACAUGAACUGAUAGUCUUUUGUUUCUCUUCCCGUGUGUAUUCAACUUCGCCAACCGUACCUCGUUCAUACGGAGGGCUAAUAUCAUACAGCGUUAAUUAAUAUCGUGGCCUUAUCACUGCCAGAAUGUCCACACACACAGGGAAGAUACGUAAGGGUAAACAAUUCACUGCCUCUGGUGCAAACACGUAGCAUUUCUUCUCUUGGUUAGAACGUACUGGGAAAAAAAAAAAAAAUAUUGUACCCGUCAGUGUUUUUUUUUUUUUUUCCCAGGAGGAUCAAGAUCGAUUUUUUUUUUUUAUCAUUUUAUUCCCAGGAGGCACUACGAAGUCACCACUGCAUCUGUAUGUAUGUAUGUAUGUAUGUAUGCAUGACUGAUUAUGUUUUAUUUAUAGGUAAUUUCUACUUACUUUUUUUGUUAUACUGCACUCUUGUAUGGCAAUUAUUAUUAUUAUCAUUAUUAUUAUAGACGAAGGAAAGCAAGGUAGUCAGGUAGGAAGGUAGAUAAAGAUAAUAGAUGUAGAGUUAAUAUCUUAAGAGGAAAUCGAUCAUGUGUGUUCUAGGGGAAUAAAGAGAAAGUAAUAUGUUGAGACACGUUCUGAGUACCUAGGGAUGAUACUUGUAACGCUGAGGCCUUGACAUACCUGAGAGAGAGAGAGAGAGAGAGAGAGAGAGAGAGAGAGAGAGAGAGAGAGAGAGAGAGAGAGAGAGAGAGAGAGAGAGAGAGAAUCAUAUUUUGUUACAUAUAAAACUAAAAAUACUUUCAAUCUUAGGUACAAUUCAAAUUUUCCAGAUAAACUAAGUGAAUAAAAAAAAAAGUUCCCUUUUAACCAUAAUUCAUAACAUUACAAAAAUAUAAAAAAAACAAAUAAAUAAAUAAAUAAAUAAAUAAUGAGAAUAACGCUAAUAAUUUAACUGUGAAAGAAAGUGUGAGUGUGUGUGUGUGUGUGUGUGUGUGUGUGUGUGUGUGUGUGUGUGUGUGUGUGUGUUAGUAAAUACUGCCCUACUGAAUGAUAGGAUAUUAAAAAACCUAUGAAAUUCAGAGUUAGUGAUACAGAAUAGGCCUAAUAUAUUGAGCCUACUUCCAUUUGACAAGAAAUAAUUAGGUAAGGCAUCCUUAAUUCUGUAGUUCAGUUACCGUUUCUGUGUAUGUGUAUGUGUGUGUGUGUGUGUGUGUGUGUGUGUGUGUGUCAGUUGGUACUGUGUAUACGUAUUUUACUUUAGUUAUGUCUAAGUUUAGUUUUUAGCAUUCAGUGCAUUUAUAACUCUCUCUUUUCCCUUUUUUUGUAAGUUGGUGUUUCCAGAAAUGUCACCAGACUCAAGCUAAAUAAAGAAAACGUUUUGUGUUCAUAUCAUUACUCUAACACUCACCCAAUUCUCUGGUCAUUUGAAAGUGAAAAAAAGCCUUGUGUUCCUAUCAUUAUUUUGACGAUCUUACUACGUCACUCUCUUCUCUGACCAAACACAAGUUAAAUUAUAUAAGAAAGCCUUGUGUUCCUAUCAUUAUUUUGACAAUCUUACCACGUCAUUCUCUUCUCUGACCAAACACAGGUUAAAUCAUGAAAAAAGCCUAGUGUUCUUAUUAUUACUUUGCCAAUCUCACCACUCUUAACUACACUUCUCGACGCAAUAAACUCUUCAUAGCAUUGCUCUUCAAAACCUUCAUAAGAGCAUAAAUCUAGUAGUCAUAUUAA